UGCCUAUUUUUGAUAAUAUAAUAUUAUUUAAGACAUUAAUAGUUUCAUCAAGCAACGUUUAAAAUCAACCAAUAAAGCCAUGCAUGUCGCAUGUCCAUAUUAUAUAUAUAUAUACAUCCGCAUAUGCGUCUGAAACUGACAGGCGCACUGCCAUGCGUGUCAUCGCCACGCGUGACAUAGAAUCGGGAGCCGCGAGUCUAAAUACCGUAGAAUCCAGGGAUUAGCGUCACGCAACCGCAGUGGACUACAUCAUUUUCUGCGUUACGAUAGACUCUCAUUAACCAUCAGUACCCACAGCCCUGCUGACCAUUAAGCAAGACAGAAGUAUUCGCGAAUUAUUAGAUUUUUUAUUUUAUGUUGGUGUGGUAAAAUCCCUGAAGUUAAUGAGUUCUACGGUUGCGGUUCUUGCGGUGCUGGCCGCUUGCCUUUGUGGUGUACCUCUACCGGUGGAGAGUUCCCAUCUAAAUUACAGACCCAUCAUUGGAGUCCUUGCUCAGGAAAACAUAGUGGGAGACAUUCAUGCUCAGGGGUCAUCCUACAUUGCUGCCUCCUAUGUGAAAUAUUUGGAAAGUGCUGGAGCCAGGGUGGCACCCAUUAGAACAAACCGAACAGAUGAGGAAUAUGAGAAGAUAUUCAACUCAAUUAACGGGUUGCUGCUUCCAGGAGGAGAUGUAGACCUGCAAACAUCCCAGUACAGUCGACUGUCAAAGAUAUUUUAUGAUCUGGCUAUCAAGGCCAAUGAUGCGUUUGAUUACUUCCCCAUCUGGGGCACCUGUCAAGGCCUCCAACAGAUGACUGUCCUGACCAGCAGCAGGAACCUUCUCACUCUGACUGACACUCGGGCUGUGGCUUUGCCCCUCAUAUUCACCCCAGCUUCACAGAACAGCCGUCUGUUUAAGGCCUUUCCCAAAGACCUGCUCCAGUCUCUGUCAGAAGAAAACAUCACAGCUAACUUUCACAGCUGGAGCCUGUCACUACAGAACUACAGUCGGAAUGCCAAACUGAAACGUUUCUACAAGGUUCUGACGACCAACACAGAUGGAAAGAGAGAGUUUAUUUCCACCAUGGAAGCCAAUCGCUACCCAUUCUAUGCUGUCCAGUGGCACCCUGAGAAGAGUCCCUUUGAGUGGGUUGACAAGUCAGGCAUGGUUCACUCUGCUGCCUCCGUCAGAGCUUCUUUCUAUACUGCACACUUCUUUGUUUCUGAAGCCAUGAAGAACCAUCACAAGUUUUCUUCAGCCCAUGAGGAGGAGAAAGCUCUCAUCUACAACUAUUCUCCUGUCUUCAGAGGUCUAAAUGGUAUAUUUAUGCAAAAUUAUUACUUUGAUUAGAUAUCCAUUUGAUUAUAAUCCAUGUACCUUUGGAAAAAUAUAGAAUGAAAUGUAAAAUCUCUAUUAAAUAUACAUUGGAUUUUGAGCUCUUUGUACAGAAUGUAGAUGUCAAACACGUUUGAAUCAGUGGUUAUUGCAUUUGAUUCAAGUCAUUGCUCUUGAAUGAUUGUUGCUCUUUGUAAAUUAUUUAAUUUUUUAAAUGUGCUGCUGUUUGAUGUUAUGAUGCAUUGUUCUGUAAUGGAAAGAGAAUUCAAAUGUAUUGUCAAAUCUACUGCCUUUCAUGUAAAAACGAACCGGCCUGCAUAAAUGCAGUAAGCAUAGUAUUCAAAAUAAAUCUACUGUAUAAAAUGCAUUAUUAGCACUUUUUAGUGUAAUCACAAGUUGUUUUUUUUAUUGUUUGGUCACCCAUGUGUCAAACUACCAGACAAUACAGUCAGCAUUCAAAUCC